AGUGACGAAGUUUCCAGUAAAAUUGAAUUGAAUAACGUAUGUACCUCCUAACCUUAUGUAAGUUAUACCAGAGGGCAAGUGCGUUAGGUACUGCUGCUGCUGUGUCUUAGGUAUCAACCAGCAAACGUUGCAGUUCAAAAUCCUAAAGAUGGGAUUCGUCUCUUCUACAUACAACAUCAAUCAUUCUCCAGACAGCAUCACAAUCUAAUUCGCCCACAUUACCCAAUUGGAAAGAAAGGUAACCGUAGCUUUUGCUAAUCUACAAGGGAUACAUGUGACUUUAACUCCCCCGCCAACACUUUGCUCAUCGGCGACCCCGUGCUUUCGAUCAUUAGCCCGGAACCAAAUAAUAAGUCUCAUUAAACCCUUGCUUGGGACCCCUGAGCCGUGCACCCUAAGCUGCCUCACUUUUGGUACUUAUCUAUUAUUGGCCAAUCUCGUCCAAUCGAGAUGGCCGUUAUUCCCUCGAGAGUCGAGAUCCUCAGUGAUACGAGCUCCAACGAAGAUGAUCCCUCCUCUCAUGACAGCUUCAAAUCCGACAACUCUACUCUUUGUGAUCUUUCCGUUUCUCAGCUCCAGAAUCGCUCAAGUGCCUGUUCUAACCCAGCAGUCGAGUCGCUUACUACAUGCCUGAAGAAGCUUCAAAUAGACACGGAAACUUGCAACACUGGAGCCAACUGGAGUGAUAACCAAAAGAAUCAAAGUCGACGUCGCCUAACAAGGCCCGCAAUCGCGGCCAACACCUUUGAGGUCCUUGAAACCGUCCCCGAAGACGAGUCACUGCGCUCAUGCACAUCUGCAUCUACGAGUAUUUCUAACGAGACACGAUAUCGCUUCGAACUCCCUGCUUCAGCAAUCGAGAAAUUCUCAGACCAUACUUUAGUGGAAAUUGCACGCAGAGGCAUACCCUCAGCCAAAGAACAAUUGGCGAAGCAUCGCGAAGGCUGGUUUGAAGGAAUAAUUUCUACAAAAAUACCCAUCAAAACUUCUACACAGUCCAGCGCUGCGCCAAGUUUCAAGGCAGUACACCUUGGCUUCAAUCUCUUGCCUAUUAACGAUAACGCCCCCCGCGGGAGUCCGACCGAGGCUGAUGUUCUUGCACGUUUUAUAGCUCUUGUGUCACCUUUAGCUCCCGGGGAAGAAGUUCUAGCAGACGACGAGCAGCCCGCAAGACCAAACAUGGCUCUUGCAGAACCCAGUCGCAAUCACCUUGCGCCGGUUAAGGAGUUGGAGUUACCCUCAGAGGAUAGAACCCGGCAAUCUACCCCUACUUCACCUAGUUCAGUUAGAAGCAAGGAUAGACAUGUCGAGGUCAUUGUCCCGAGAUCACCCGCACAACCUAUCGCUAGAAUCGAGGAUUCCGUGGAGGCGCUUGACGAACUUGAAGAGCAAUUAGAAGCAUUUGAUGAGGCAGCCCAUUUCAAGCGAAUUAUCUCUCCAAGAACCCCGGGUUCCGGGCACAAACCCGCAGUGCCAUUACUAUCCGUGACGAACGCCGGGAUUACGAGGUCUAUAACCCCACAACCGAAGCGAACUACUCCAGUGGUGAGUAGCUCUGCCUCUAUAAGGAUAAAUUCGACCAGCGAGCCCCGGCGUACUGUUCGCAAGGCGGCAUCUAUGAUAUUCCUUGAUCCCCCAAAAUUGAAGAGUGAGGAUAAACCUGCAACCCAGGCCCCAUCGAAGAGGUCGUUCUUCAAAGGCAUAGCAAGUCUCCUACCACCAAGGCAGCCACCCAAGUCGAACAAGAAACCCACUAUUCCAACCUUUGAACUACCCGGGGACGAAGUCGCUCGCAAAUUAAAAGAAAAACGCGAGGCCCGCAUAUCGACGCAAGCCGCCACGGAACAAGCGACAAAACCAACUAUGUCAAGCCUUCGACGUGCCAAGUCAGCUAAGGCUCCAACACGGCCUAACUUCGAGCUGCCAGGAGAAGCCAUCUCCCGUCGCAAGCGCGAAGAGCGUGAGGCGCAGCUACGAGCACAGGAAGAAGAGGAACGGAAGAGAAGAGAAUUCAAGGCCAGACCAAUUCGAUCGGGUGCUGCACCCAGUACCUUUCCCCGCGAGACAGCUGCGAGCCGGGCUCGGCAAAGUAAAGUACACUUGGUGGAAAAUUCAACUCAGCAGAAUUCGCCGGGCCGGAACAAAGGCGCAUCCACGACUACUAAUCCCACAUCACGCUCUCCUCUUUCAAAGACGAACAACCAAUGUCAACCACGGGGCCGGGGACUACAACCACAACCAUCCGGAGUGCAGCCGCCUCGUGGUGUUUCAAGCUCUACGGUAGACAGCACCGGUGGGCAGCAUAGUUCGGUGUCCACAGAAGAUAUACAAUAUCAGAGACUACGUGGUCAGGAGAUCUACAAGCGGGAUAACUCUUGGACCGGGGAACGAGAGCGUGAGAGACGAGAACGGGAAGCACUAGCUAAACUAGCACGAGAAGAAGCCGCUGAAAGAUCUCGACAGCAGAGCCGGGAGUGGGCGGCGAAGCAAGCGAGGAAGAGAAUGACCAUUGCCUCACUGCGGGAUGUCAUGGCUUGAAAGGUCACCAGCAACAUAUUGAUUGGCAAGGGGAAUAUUGUUUUCACAGAGUUUCAGGGGUAUAUCAGUGGAGGGACUGAAGUGUAUUAAUAUGUGUAUUUGCAUGGUGCGUUAGGGGGGUUUUAAAAGCACUGAGCCCGGCGUUCAACGGUAGUGUUGCGGGCCGGUUAUUGCGUUACCCAGGGAGUCAUUCGUGUAUAGGUGUAGUCGAUGCUGACUUCUAGGUUGGUGUCGGCUUUUUUUCAACUAGUUGUAUUAUUGGCUUUAAUGCAUUGAUGGAAGAUAAUGCAGAGUUUUUAAUUAAGACCAUUACGUCGAGCUAUCGGCAUUGUAGUUGAUA